AUGAGCAGUUCACGAGAUCGUUUUACAGAUAUUGAACUGGAAAAUAAACGUUUACCAGCAUGUUAUGAUUAUCUUAAUUGUGAAUUAUUAUCUCUUGAAGAAGCGAUGAAUGAAUUACAAAAUUUUCUAAAAGAUAUAAAUAGUUUUGUUAAAUUUGCUGAAAAAUAUUGUACAUAUCCAAAUAAACAUAAUUUAACAAAAGAUGAAUCUGCUGCAAUUUAUAUUUAUUCGAUGGAAAUGUCUCAUAAUUCAUGUGUUUAUCGUGUUUUAAAUCAAACACUUCGUGAAAAAGAUCGAUCAAAACUUCUUCCAUGGUUUGGAUAUUUAAAACUUUUAGAUUCUGCAACAUCAAAAUUACCUACAUUCAAAGGAAUUAUUUGGCGUGGUACUGAUAAAAAUGUUACUAAAUAUUUUAAAAAAGGUCAAAAAAUUACUUGGUGGAGUAUAAGUUCAUGUUCAACAUCUGUUAAUGUUAUUUCUUCAUUUGUUAAUAAAUCUCUAUCAAGUACAUUAUUUCAUAUUGAAUGCUUGAAUGGAAAAUUAAUUGCAUCAUAUACAUGUUAUCCAAAUGAAAGGGAAGUUAUUUUAAUGCCUGGAACAGUAUUUGAAGUUAUAUCUAUUACAUCAAAUAAUCAUGGUGGAUUAAAUAUUAUUCAUUUAAAAGAAAUUAGUGAUAAUGAUAAACCAACAGAUUCAAGUAACUACUUUAACUAUAAUACGUAUUAG